GAUUUAUAUUGUUUGACCUCUCCAACGCAGAGGAGGAAGCAGAAUAGCAAGCGGCAAGGCCUUCAAGACCGUGUUAUUUUGUUGUGUACCUGGGACUAACGAUCUCUGUCUCACCGAAAAUGCACACCAUUGUAGUUUUUACGUUGUCAGUUAUCUGGGUUCUGCGUGCCAGGAGCGCCGUGGGGAACGAAGCAGGGAUUUGGAGGGCACUUACGGAGGGCACAAGAGCGGCCGUGCUACUCUCAGUACCCGAAGACCAGGCAGAACCAUCAGAUGCGGCAGUACCUCACAGAACAGAAGUAUCUGAAGACAAUUACAAGCCGCCAGUUCCCUUGCCAGAGAAGCAGCAAAGCGUGAUACACCGCAUUCACUGCUGCCGUGAACCACACUGCUGUGACGUGGAAAAAAUGGUAGUCGAAAGCAAGCUAAGUCACUGCAAGCCGCAGCGAUCGUCAGCGGUGCACAGGCCGAGUACGCAAGAAAAGCGAGCGAACGUCAGCUACGAAGCAGCCGCAGAGACGAGGAGGCCGCCGCUACUUUGGCUGUCGCACAGGCAGAAGCUGAGUCCCGUGUGGCUGAGGCGGUACGUGACGAUAAGAAGCGUACAUCACAUUUCGAUGAGAGUCGAUCACUACUGCUUCCAUCAGGAGGUUAUCGCGCUGGAGCACGAGCUGGGACAGGUGGAAAAAGUGAAUGCGCACAUUGAAAAAGAUGAAGCAGACUUCAAUGAAGAGCUGCUAAAGAGGAGGGAGAACGAAGCCGAUGAGGCUGAAGCUGACCUCAGCAAUCUGAAGGCCGAGCGGCAUACGAUCGCGGAAGCGAUCGAUAAAAACGUGAAAGAAAUCGACGAAGAGGAGAAACGGGCUGACCUGGAAGUGGAAUUAGCCCGAAUGCGCGCGGAGGGUUCGGUGGGUAAAAACGCUGAAGAGGAAAUUCAGAAUAAAUUGGAAGCACUUGAGCGGGAAUCGAAGAUUGCUGCGGAAGAAGCAGCCAAGGAGGAACUCAGACAGAGAGUGUCCGAAAUGAGCGCACAUGCGAACGAAAACGUGAAACGUGGCAGAAACAUUCUAAAAGCAGCGGACGAAUCCACGAGGGCAUUUCCAACUCGACACCCAAACAUCGCUGCUGCUGAGCAGGCAUCUUUAGACAGCAUUCACGAUGCCGAAACGGCAGAUACAAUCGCGCAGCACGACGUGGAAGUAGAAGAGGAGCAGCAGGAAACGCUAUCCUCAGCAACCACCGAAGCUCCAGCAGAACGCGAACAAAACUUUGAAGAAGCACCAGAGGGCGAGUUCCCCACCCUCAGCACGAGUACCGUUUCAGUAAUGGACGGCAGCCUCCACGGACAGGUUCGUUGUUUCCUCGUAUGUACACAAAUAAGGCAUUUUCCAUGUCUAUAUAAAUGCAGGCCAGCCGUAACAGCUUCAGCACCACCGGCCUAGCGAGCGCAACAGUACACCAAAGCAUUGAACCCCACGCGGCUUCCGUACAGUCCGAUUGAGUCCUUUUGCCGCCGGACAAUGUCGCCUACGGACCUUUUACUCCCUUUCGUGCUCACGUUUCUUCGUUUUAAGGUUUAAUUCCUCACAGUCUACUCUGCUGCAACAGUGCCACAGCAACCUCGCUUAAAUGCCUGGAUUUGUUCCGUGCGAUACGCGGGCAACGAACUCUGUCGUCGUAUGGCCUUGGUGACAGACGCAACAUCCUACUGUCCCCAUGUGCU